AUGGAACUUCUCUUGAGCAUACUGACCUUAUCGCUGAGCACCUAUGCUCAGGCUUUCGACUUCGCUCUGGCAGCCCCCAUCAGACGCAGCGAGCGUGCGACACCCACCGUAACAAAAACGAUCUACCACACGGAAGUACGGAGACUGUCUACAAACUUCAAGGGCCCCAAUGUUAGGAGCGAAAGCUUAGUGUCUGACUCCUCUGCAUCUAUUCCUGAUGAGGUCUCCGAGGCUAUGAACGGGGACACCGCGUCGUCCAUGGCAACAGCAUUUCUUUGGCCGAGGGGAGCAAGUGGACAGAAGCCUACAAUUUCGCAACUACCAAUUACCGGCGUGCCUGUAAGUUUUGACGCGAGGCAAGUCGGAUUCGUACAUUUCGACGAUGACACCAAACGCGACGAGACCCUUCAUCCCGGACCAAACAUCGUCAAUAGAAGGAACACCGACCUCUAUCAUAUCAAGAUCGAUCUUGCAUCUGAAGGCUACAUUUCAGUGUUCAUGUCCAACAGCACAGCCUCCGCGUUCUGCAAAAGUGAGGUAGAGCUGGACUCGGAGGGUGGGCCAAAAGGAGAACUACAGCUAGCUGUUCGGAAUUCCACAAAGGUCGUGGCUAUACCUGUGCACCAAGAAGCGGCUGAUAGCUUCUGCCUCCAUUUCAAGAACGCGGAGGGUGUCGACAGUUCACCGAGUGGCAAAGGUUCUGGGAGCUCAACGGCAAUAGCCUCGGCAUCGGAAGCAAAGACGUCAAAGAUCUUACCCAGCGAGACAAUGUCGGAUACUGUGUCGAAGUCAUCUAAGCACGCGUCUAUGGUAGUCACCGCUUCGGAGACUGACACUGAUGAUUCGGCUUCAGCAACAUCCGCGACCUUGACCGACAAGACCACAUCUUUGAACACCUUCGAUAUUACUCAUGAGAUAGAGACUUCGAAGUCCACAAAACAUGUACCUACGGAGGAAACAGCCUCUGAGUCAGGAUCUGCUACCACUGAUGAAGGUACAGAUAUGACCGUGUCUAAGACAUUAAAAGCGGACGACAGCAGCAGUGGAUCCGAGGCAUCAAAGUCUUCAAACCACAAGUCCACGUCUGUAACGGCUUCGGAAAGUGACUUGGAUACUUCGGAAUCAGCAACUGAUGUGUCUAGCAAGCACAAGACCAAAUCUACAGCUAGCGAAGCCGACGAAGAUUCUUCAAAGACUGUCGAAGCUUCAGGUACGCCAACGGUGUCAAAAGCUGCGAACGCCGACCCUUCUGAACCCGAAGAGAGCGCCUCACCUUCGACCAAGGCAAAGUCAAAGACUUCCGAGGCUACUGAGACUGAGGAAAUGCCCGAAUCUGCAACGUCGGUCCAGGAGUAUCGGGGUCCAGCUGUAGACCCUGCAAACCCUGCUGACCUAGACACAUCCACGACGCCCAAGGCCACACCAGCCGCUGUUCCUGUCAGCACAACUACGGACGAGCCGUUUACUGAAGCAAGCAUAAACUCGUUUUACUCGUAUAUCAAGAGCUUUGUAGAGACUGCUCCAGACCCACCAUCAACCGCACACAUUGCUGAUCAGACUUCGAUCAAGACUACCGACUCUUCGAACGGGGCUUUGCGACGUGGUAUACUAAUAGCGCCGACGCCGGCUUUGAUAGGUGUCAGAGCAGAAACGUCUUCUCACUCUACGGAUAACAGCAUGACAUAUACCUCCGACUAUAGCUGGAAGAGUGCCGUCUCUACUGCUAUAGCUUCCACCACGGCGUCGAGUAACGCGGCGAUCGGUAGACUGAAACCACCUUCACUACUCUGGCGCAUGUGGUACCCUGCGACUACCACCAAAGUCAUUCAUUCGAGAAGCUUCAGUGGGCCCGGUGAAGAGCCUGAGCAGGAAGAUGAGGGGUUUUUCAAUAUCGAUGUAGAAGAUGGAGAGCCUACGAGGGUUAGUUCCGGUACUGAUGGAGUCGAAGAGGAGACGGCCGUUGCUACGAAGCUUGCGCACAAGCAAGAGGAUAAAGAUGAGGAUGAUGAAGGUAUUGAUGCGAAGGAUGGAGACGAGGAAGAGGAAGAUGAGCUACCAGUUGAUGGGGAGAUAAUACCUGACGAAGAAGUCGAGACUGAUGAAGGAGCGGCUGGAGAUGACGAGAUGCCUACGUCUACGAAGAGCAAGGCGUCACAUACCAAGACUGCAGCAGAUGAGGAAGAUGACAGCGCGCCAACUACCGACACAUCUACGGAUGUUGAGGAGAAGGUCACAUCCACCAGGAAGAAACCGACGGAUACGGGUGAUGAAGCCACGCCGACUGCUACCGCACCCGAAGACGUCGAAGAAAAGUCGACAUCCACCAAGUUGAAACCCGUAGAAGACGAUGACGAAGCUACAGCAACUGUCACUGCAUCUAAAGAUGUCAAGGAAAAGGCAAUGUCGUCGAAGACAAAACAUGCAGACGACGACGAGGAAGCUACAGCUACUUCCAAAGCAGCCGAUGAUACCCCGCUUGAAGAAGACGAUGCACCACCCAACGGCGACGAUGAAGAGUCCCAAGUCGACACUUCCGCCGACGACACCACCACAAGCACUUCCCACAAAGCCAAAUCCACGAAAACCGCAACAUCCAACGCAGACGAUGAAGACGCAGACGGGGAAUCUGCCACGACCUCCACCUCCAAAUCCAAUUCCCCUCACAAAUCCAAAACCCCAAUCCCCUCCCUCGCCUCAGGCGUCUCCUUCGCCUUCCCCUCCACCACCCCAAACGCCACACCAGUUCCCACACCACUUGCUGCACCCCCUCCUGUUCCAACGGGAGUAGCGCCCAUGCCAACCCAACCCAUAAUCUGGGACCCAGACUGUCCCCAGAUUUCCACAUCGACGUUAACGGCGGAGAAUGGGGUUACGACGGCCGUGCCGGUGACUGUGGGGGUGGGCUGUUGGCGCACGCUACCUCAGUCUGAGAGUGGUGGGAAUGGAGAUGGAGGGAACGAGACGAGUGGAGCAAACGGGCACAUGAUCAAGAGUAAAGCGUGGAACAUCCUGAGUGACAAGCAGAAUACUGCGAACAACACGCCUCUCCUCUCAGGCGAAACUGCCCUACCCUUCCCUUUCCUAUCAGCCAGCCCUUACACCAACUCUCCUACCCAGCCCGAAUAG